AUGUCCCAGCGGGUGAGGCGCAAUGGGUCCCCCACGCCGGCCGCCUCCCUUGGGGGUGGUGCGGUCGCUACGGCCGGGGGACCCGGGAGCCGCCUGCAGCCCAUGAGGGCGACGGUUCCGUUCCAGCUGAAGCAGCAGCAGCAACAUGGCAGCCCCACGCGGAGCGGCGGCGGCGGCGGCAACAACAACGGUGGCUGCUGUGGAAGCGCCUCAGGCCCCUCAGGCGGCGGCGGCGGGGGCCCGCGCACUGCCUCGCGCAGUACGAGCCCCACGCGCGGCGGCGGGAGCGCGGCGGCGCGCACCAGCCCCACAGUGGCCACGCAGACGGGCGCGUCCGCGACGUCCACGCGAGGCACCAGCCCCACGCGCGGCGCCGCGCCCGGGGCUCGCGGGAGCCCCCCACGGCCGCCGCCGCCGCCGCUGCUGGGCACGGUGUCGUCUCCCAGCUCGUCGCCCACCCACCUGUGGACCGGUGAGGUGAGCGCAGCCCCACCCCCAGCCCGCGUCCGGCAUCGGAGGAGGUCCCCGGAGCAGAGCCGAAGCUCCCCGGAGAAGAGGAGUCCGAGCGCCCCGGUUUGCAAAGCCGGUGACAAAUCACGGCAGCCUUCCUCAAGUCCCUCCAGUAUCAUCCGACGUACUUCCUCCCUGGAUACUCUUGCUGCUCCGUAUCUUGCCGGCCACUGGCCUCGUGAUAGUCAUGGGCAAGCUGCACCUUGCAUGAGGGACAAAGCUACACAGACAGAGAGUGCAUGGGCUGAAGAAUACGCUGAAAAGAAGAAAGGGUCUCACAAGCGCUCAGCAUCCUGGGGAAGUACAGAUCAACUUAAGGAGAUUGCAAAAUUACGCCAGCAGUUGCAGAGAAGUAAACACAGCAGUCGGCAUCAUCGAGAUAAAGAAAGACAGUCUCCAUUCCAUGGCAACCAUGCAGCUAUUAACCAGUGUCAGCCACAAGAUAUUCCAGAUGGCCAUCGUGCUCCACCCCCGCUUGUACAGAGAAGUAGCAGCACACGCAGCAUCGACACACAGACCCCCGGCGGGGCAGACAGGGGAAGCAACGACAGCAGCCGCUCUCAGUCUGUGUCUCCCACGUCAUUCCUCACCAUUUCCAACGAAGGUAGCGAGGAGAGCCCUUGUUCAGCUGAUGACCUGCUUGUUGACCCCAGAGAUAAAGAGAAUGGGAACAACUCUCCUUUGCCCAAAUAUGCAACCUCACCAAAACCUAACAACAGUUACAUGUUCAAAAGGGAACCUCCUGAGGGCUGUGAAAGGGUCAAAGUCUUUGAGGAAUGCUCGCCAAAACAACUUCACGAAAUCCCCGCCUUUUACUGUCCUGACAAAAACAAGGUGAAUUUCAUUCCAAAAAGCGGCUCUGCUUUCUGCCUCGUCAGCAUCCUCAAGCCACUCCUUCCCACCCCAGAUCUUACCCUCAAGGGCUCUGGCCAUAGCCUGACAGUCACCACUGGCAUGACAACCACUCUACUGCAGCCUAUUGCUGUGGCCUCCCUGUCUACAAACACAGAGCAAGACCGAGUCUCUCGAGGAACAAGUACAGUCAUGCCAUCACCUUCUCUACUGCCACCACCAGAACCAAUAGAGGAAGCUGAAGGGUAGGUCCCCCUGCUAUG